UCGUUUUAAACUUUGGCUAAAUAUGGCGCAAAUACAGACGUCGAUGGUGGACGGGCUGCCGAAGCACUUCGUUAAUGCGAUGCGCACUCUUUUCGACAUAAUGGACGAUCAGAAUACCGGCUUCGUAAAGUUCUCCGAUAUCGAGGGUCGGUGGCAGGACGACGGUACGCAGGGCUUGCCCAAGGGCGUGCUGGACAGCCUGAAAAAAGUUACGCCGCCGAACGGGCUGCUGUCGUUCGAGCGAUUUUGCGCUGGUCUAAAGAUCUGUCUGCUGCAGAUACAGGCGGAGGCGGACGCGAAGAAGCAUGACGGUCAGUCCACUGUCAAUAGGCCGCCAUCCGCGCCAAUACUAAUUCCCGACAAUCAGAACAAGGCGGCCUGGACCUCGCCUAACACCGCUGCUAUAAGACCGAACAACGCCAUAUCCCAGCAACGUACUCUCAGUAUGCCGCAGCUGCUGGCCAAUCGCAAGGACAUGAACGCACAGUUGGAGCUGAUGGAUGGAAGAAACAUUGGAGAAUCAAAGAUCCCUAAGGUGUAUGGCCCGCCAAAACCACCGCGGACCGGCGCCGCCCUGGAGGGCAGAACAAUGGGCUUGGAACGUAACUUUGACAAGUCUGAGAUCAGGACAGCAUUGCAAAAUUGGCAAAUGGGUCUCAUGAUGAGUGACGAAAAGGAGAAGCGUCAACUGCAGGCUGUAAAUUAUAGACCGGAUGCCAGGACGCUGUUGAGACCAGCCAGAGUUCUGGGCGAUGGUAAAGCGGUUGAUAUACAGAACAAUCAACUCGGGCUCCAACCCAAGAAACCGUUGAAUCGUCGCAGAGAACCCAGGCGACACACGUUGCAGAAUGGUAUUGAUUACAAUAUGAUGAAACGGAUGAAGCAGAUUGAACAAGAAAAGGAUGUCCUGCUUCAAGGUCUAGCUGCUGUUGAUAAAGCUAGAGAAUGGUAUUUGAAGCAGAUAUCAGCUACUCAAGAGAAAAUUAAACAUCUUGGACGGAUGGGUUCCCAUGUGGAACAAUGGACUGAGGCACAGCAAGAGCGCUUGGAACUGCAACGCGCGCGUGUCCUGGAAGUUAAUCGACAUCUAGCCGCCCUGAUAAGCAGCUGGGAACGUGGAGGCCUUCCGCUUCAUAUGAAUCUUGCAUUUCUAAGUGCUCCAACUUCGGCUCAGCUUCAGCAGGAUAUGCUAUCGAGGCUUAAGCAACAAAAUCACAGAUUAACCGAGGAAGUUAGCAAAAAAAGUCAACGAAUAGCACUACUUGAACAAGAAAAAGACAGUUUGAUUAGAGAAUUGUAUAAUAGACAAUCUGGUCUCGUUCAGUCCCGAAGGGCAACGAUGAUCCAUGAACAACAUGAUCAAACAUUCAUGUAAGAAUAUGAAAAUUUCAAGUUUUAAAAAAUGUGCCACUUAAGUGAUAGAAUCUGAGUUAAACUUUAAAUAAAAUAAAAAGAAUUAAGAAAUUGAUGUGGAAAGGUGACCCAUUCAUUGCCACAAUGUUGUACAAAUAUAUUAAUAAUGUCGGACGUUUCAGCUGGAAUACUCUACACUAAUGAAUGAACAAAAUCAUAUUCUGAAUGCUUCAGAAUAUUUACAAUGCCAUAUAAAAACCUCCCAAACAGCAUGCAAUAUCCAUGAGAACGUCUAUAGGAUACUCUAUGGACAUUAUAUAUGUACGGACGUUUUUAGGAAGUCUGUGCUGUGUCUGGGAUUUUAAAAAAUAUUUGACAUAGUGUUAAAAAAAUAAUUGUCACUGCCUUAAUAAUUUCAUAUUUUACAUUAAGAAUGUAAAAUAUUCAUUAAUAAAAUAUGCAUUACGUACAAUUUAGAUAUAAUAAUUGAUGAAUAAAAUGUUUCUUAACAUCUUUGUAAUUUGUCUUAAAAAAUCCGUUUUAAUAAAUUAUUUUAAUUAUGUAA